ACGUAAAGAAAGCAAUACUUUUAGAAGGGAAAAAAAAAAACGUAAAGAAAGCAAUACAAGCUAAGCUAAUUCAAGAGUCAAUGGAGCUUCUUCCUCCUCAGACCCUCUACUUUUCCCUCCUACUCUUACUCCUCACCUAUUUUGCAUGGAAAAUUAUCAGCUCGUACUCCAACUCACUCACCACCCCACCGUCGCCGCCGCGCCUACCUAUAAUUGGCCACCUCCACCUCCUCACUGACAUGCCCCACCACACCUUCACCCGUCUUUGCAACAAGCUUGGCCCUUUAAUUUAUCUCCAACUUGGUCAAGUUCCCACUCUUGUCAUCAACUCAGCUCGCCUCGCUCGUCUCGUUCUCAAAACCCAUGACCACAUCUUCGCCAACCGUCCUCAACUCCUCUCCGCUCAAUAUCUUUCCUUUGGCUGCUCCGACGUCACUUUCUCCCCUUACGGUGCAUACUGGCGCCAAGCCAGAAAGAUCUGCGUCACCGAGUUACUCAGCGCGAAACGGGUCCAUUCGUUCCAGGUCGUUCGAGAGGAGGAGGUGAACCGCUUGUUAGCUGCUGUUUUAGCCGAGUCCGGGAAGGAAGUUGAUAUGAGCAAGCGGUGCUUCGCUUUAGCCAACGACAUACUGUGUAUGGUGGCGUUUGGACAGAGGUUCAUGGAGGAGGAAGGAAAAAAGCAGAAUUUAGUGAACAUUUUGACAGAGACACAGGCCUUGUUUGCUGGGUUUUGCUUAGGCGAUUUCUUUCCUGGGUGGGAGUGGGUCAACUCUGUGAGUGGGUACAAGAAGAGGUUGAUGAAAAACUUGGACGAUCUAAGAGCUGUCUGUGAUGAGAUCAUUGAUGAACACAUGAAGAGGAAGAACAGUGGGAGGGAAAAUGAUGAUCAAAGAGAAGAUUUUGUGGAUGUUUUGCUUAGGAUUCAGAAACGAAAAGAUUUAGAAGUUCCCAUUAGUGACGAUAAUCUCAAAGCUUUAGUGCUGGACAUGUUUGUUGCUGGAACUGAUACGUCAGCUGCAACACUGGAAUGGACACUGACAGAGCUGGCAAGGCAUCCGAGAUUCAUGAAGAAAGCACAAGAAGAAGUACGAAAGAUUGCAAUUGGAAAAAGAACAGUUGAUGAGAGUCAUCUUCAAGACCUGCCUUACAUGAAAGCUGUGAUAAAGGAGACAAUGAGAUUACAUCCACCAGUUCCUCUGCUGGUUCCUCGAGAAUCUAUGGAUAAAUUUGUGCUCGAUGGGUACCAAAUACCUGCCAAAACUCGAGUUUUAAUAAACUCGUAUGCCAUUGGGAGGGACCCAAAAUCAUGGGACAAUCCUCUGGGCUACGAUCCUGAGAGGUUUAUAGAUAAUGACAUUGAUGUGAAGGAUCAAGAUUUCAGGUUCCUACCCUUCGGUGGAGGAAGACGAGGUUGCCCAGGUUAUAACUUUGGAUUAUCAACAAUUGAAAUUGCACUUGCGAGACUUCUGUAUCAUUUCGAGUGGGCAUUGCCUCGUGGAGUUGGAGCUGACGAUGUGGAUCUUAGUGAGAUUUUUGGGCUUGCCACCAGGAAGAAAACUGCCCUUGUUCUUGUCCCAACAGCCAAUAAAGACUAUCAGUUCCAAGGUGAAGCUGUUUAGUCAAGAGACUGCAAACUCUUCCUGGGGAAAACGAUGUUUAGUUCAGAGUUCAGAGUCUUUUCUUCUUGUAAUUUUCUCAUAGUUAAAGGGCUACUUUUUGCAUAUAGGAGGAGGAAAAUCUAUGAACCAAACUAUGCAGUAUAUCUGUGUCGCAUGCUGCCUCAUUGUCUGGCUUUUGUAUAG